AUUCUUGUCAGCCAAAGUGUUGAGCUCUUUGGUGGCUUUCUGCGUCACUGGGUCAGGCAUGAGAGAAAUACGAGGAAGAGUGAGGACGCCAAUUGUCAAAGACUCGGAGACGAUAGGCACCGGCAUACGCAGCGGAGGCCGACUGUUUACGAAAUUGCUUGCCGGGUCCACGUGGGAUUCUCAGAAAGGCAGGUGGGCGCUUGGGGACGCACUAGUGACUUGUCGGGGAUGGUCUGAGCUCUGCAGGCUUACUGCAACCCUUUCAUGCCCAUUCACCCAUCCGCUCUCGCUAGCACUCAUGGCCACCCUCAUCCACUCUCUCGCCGCCGUCACCUCUCAAGACGAGCAGAUCGCUAUGUCCAACCCAGUCCCGGACAAGAUCAGCGCAUACUACAGCCUCGUCUUUCCUAACUUUACAUACUACAUUCAGACUCUCAAUGUCAUUAUCGGCCGGAGAUGCAUCCCUGCUUCCGCUGCCUCCUCUUCAGACAACCCACAGGUCGACGUGGACCUUGGCUCGCUGAAGAGUGUGUCGCGUCUUCAUGCCAAGAUUGAGUAUGAAGAAGAGGAAGAGCGCUUUGUUUUGCAUGUUUUCGGCCGCAAUGGGGCUUGGGUGGAUGGAGUCUGGUCUGGAAGUGGUAGUAAAGUCCCGUUAGGAGACAGGUCUCAAAUCCAGAUUGCCUCUCGUACAUUUCACUUCGUACUUCCGCCUACACCUGACGGCCCAGAAGACUCUUCAACUCCUAGCUCACCAUCCUCAUCCGCAAACCGCCCUCGUUCACCUUCAGUGGACAUUACAUCAUUCUCGCCGCCAUCUUCUAUACCUUCAUGUUCGCCACCUCCUGUCCGUGUCGCCCCGCUGCCACCGAAGAUACCUCCACUACCCGAGACACAGCCGCAGCUGCCGAAUUCCAAUUCGAUUAAUAGAGUCAAGACUAACCCAAAGAAACGCAAGAAGUCCGAUGUGGAUGCACCACCGCUACCUAGGCCCGAAGUUAUACCACCAAAGCCCCAGUUGACUUAUGCCCAAAUGUGUUAUCGCGCUAUCAAAGGUCUCUCAGGCAGAGGUUCCUUGCAGGAUAUAUGCCACUGGAUCCAAGAGAACUUUGAAUACUACAAGUAUUCUGAUAAGGAUUGGGAGAGUUCCGUGAGACAUAACCUAUCGUCAAAUCGCGCUUUCAAGAAAGCCGAGCGUGGUCCCGACGAAAGGGGAAAGGGGGCACUGUGGACAUUAGAUCCACAGUAUGAGCAUACGUUCGAAGAACAGGAAGCCAAACGACAAACGUUGGCUGCGCUCGGAACAAGCGGUACGAAGGAUGCCAAAGCGCCGGGUAAGAAAGGCAAAUCUGGACUGCCACUGGAUCCCCCCUUCAGGCGGACUGCUCUGAAAGGAGGACCGUUGCCUCCACCACUCACGUCGGCACCUCUCAUUCCCAAGACAAGUCUGAAUGCAACGACACUCCAUUCGUCCACGUCACUACCACCAUCCGUACCUACCAUCAAAUCCGAACCCACCAAUUCGUCCAUUUCCCCAUCUCCUUAUCCGCCUGUGGCAUCCCUAUCAACAACAGCUGCCUCAACUCCGGCCCCGCCUGCGUCAAGUGGUAGUACCAUUCCUGCACCACAACCUUCUGCUUCGUCAUCGACUCAUACACCAGCGGCCUUUCCACCUAUUCCAGCAUCCGUUCGAAUUCCUAUCAUUAUCGGUCCGGCACCGUCCUCUAAUACUGGAGAGCAAACAGCGUCUCCCAAGCCGAUUGUGUUGCAAGACAAUACUCUUAUCCUCAAUCCUCAGAUAUUCUCUCACCUGACACCGAAGCAUCUCCAGGAACUCGAAGCAUUGGGUGCACAAAAGGCUUUGGAGAUCCUACAAGGCUACAUUGUAAACUUCUACAAGGAGAAGUUACGAGCGGAAGGUGCAAGAGGCCGAGGGCGUGGAAAGCCGAAGCGUGGCAGAGGUGCACCUGGUUCAACCAGAGGCGCUGCUCCGGGUACAGGACGGGGAGAAGGUGCCAGUACGGGCCUGUUUACCACGUCGCCUUUACCGCCUCGGACAAUUCAGCCUUAUCAGCCUCAACUCCCGACACCAGCAGCAUCACCGCCGGCUCCAACUUAUAGCGCAAUGAAAGAACCGCCUAUGGCCUCUCUUCAACCUCAGCCUCUUCAUCAUAAUGAAGAUACUGACGACGUCAUUGUGGUCGACGAUGAUCCUUCGGAUGAUGCUCGGGUAUCGAAGAAGAUGCGUCUAGACACGCCAGACCUAUCUUCGUCGUCAGCCAUUCGGUAGUAUUUACCAUUAGACUUCGCCUUGUGGUGCCUCUUCCUCUUCCUCGCUUUGGACACGCAUCGUGGCUCUAGACCUCCGACUCACGUGUAUAAUUAAUCGAUAACAGCAUCUCUCUCGCCUUUCCUCAUUCCUCAUGACACUGCUACAUUCCUCCCUCGACUCGUGGCUUGUGUCGAGCAUACAUACCCUUUUUCAUUGGACCAUCGACGAACAUUCUUGUGGAGACGCCGGAAUGUAUCGUCUCGAUUGUAUGUCUCGUUUUGACGCUCCUAUUCUACUCGUUCGCAUGACCUUUAUCACACUAUUAUUACGACCUAACUUACUGUUAUUCUGACCUCGCAGUAAUACGUUACGAAUGUCGAUGACUGGUUUCUGUUUAACCGAGAAUGAACCAUAUGAAGCGCUGACUGUGGCGUUGCAUACGCGCCUGGCGUCCUUGCUCUUAACCUUCACCUGAGUCCGAUUUACACCUCUCCGCGAUCUUUCAGGCGUCGUUUCCUCACUGACGAUACAUGGACAGUUGGAUAAAUAUUUUGCAUAUGAAGCAGAAAAGGUGAUGUACAAUGAAGGAUCAAUAAAUAAUAAGAAACGUGUCCG